AAUUUAAUUAACUAAUUUCAGAACUAUGAUCAUCCCUUCAAUAUUUCCUUAUAACGUAAUAUUUUGCUUUUGUCCACUUCCAUCCCCUCUCCAUUUCAAUACUACUAGUACUGCAAACUAGUAUAAUAUAAUUGUAGCUUCUUUAUUUAGUAUCUUUGUAUCUGUUCUAGCUAGUGCUGAUUAUCAGUUACAUUAGUCCUCACAAGUGAAACCGGUUACAAUACAGCAUAUAGGUGAGCUUGUGUUGCACGCAGUUUGGUUUUUCUGUGAGCACCUGAAAUUUCUUUUGGAAGAUAAUGUAAUUAUUUAAUGGCUGCUGAGAAGAUGCCUGAUUCCACCAAACCAGGGAUGACUAGAAGCACCUCUUAUCUAGACUCCAUUUAUGGCAAAGGUUCCCUUGAGCUGGUAUGGGAAAAUGGUCAACUUCACGUGCAGCAAGGAGGUUCAUCAUCAACAUCAAGUGUCGUCACACGAAUGACUCCCUCGUGCGAAGGUUCCUUCAAUGCAAAAAGUGCAAGGUUAAGCUCACUAUACUCCCUCAUGGACUUCCCAGUUCAAAGGGACUCUGCCUUGGACAAUUCUCAACCAAAUUCUCAUCAAAGCAAUGACCAAAAUUCUGGUAAGUUUGCAAAGGCUGCUAAUUCUAGCAGCAAAGGUCUUGAUCGUUCCUUAGUGAUAAACUCACCUAAAGGAUCACCGGGAAGACAAAAGAACCCUUUAAAUUCUGAUACAUCAAACAUGGUUCCAAGAAGUGAGGAAACAACACCUCCUGAUGAGCAAUCUGAAGCUGUUGGUCAUGAUCAGUAUUCAUGGAUCUCGUGGUCAAUAUUUUAACCAAACCUCAAGCUCAGCAAGACAUAGAGCAAAGGGAAAAGCUCAUGAUACUAAACAAAAAUACUGUGAUGAAGGCUUGUUGGAAUCUUCUUCCCUAUGCUCCAUUGGAGCCUCAAAUAACAGAAACGUGUGUAGCAGGACACAUGAUGAUAUCGAUGACUCAACGUAUUUA